UCAAAACACCCCAAAAAACACCAAACCGCCUUAGUACAUGGAAUGUCCCAAUUCCCCAACUUUAUCUUGCAAACAAAAGGGCGGGUGGGACCAUAAAGUGCAGAGAACAGCCCCCCAAACAUUGAUUCACUCCCACAAAGUCACAUUCUCCCCCCCAGUUAACCCACUUACCUUUCUCAGAAAAAUUCUCACUUGAUGCUCAAUUUGGGGUUCCUGCAAUCUCUAUAUUUUGUAAAAGAAAAUUAUAUCGUUGUAUGUGGUCCCCUCACGCUCUUUUCCCUGCCUUGAAAAUGAUACCAGAUCAGUUCAGUUUCAUUUUUUCAUUUCAUGCAUGAAAUGAAACUGCUCUCCCCAUCAUAUAUGACAUAAAAAUUAAUACGUUCCUUUACAUUUUACAACUCUCCUUAUAAAAACACUGGACUACUAGUCCAGUAAAAGAAAAACAUUAAUAUAGUAGAACAAUGUCUAGUACCGUAAAGCUUUUGUAACAGCAGCCCGGAGCCUCUCUCUCUCUCUCUCUCUCUCAGAAACAAAAGCCUCUUCAGCCAGCCAGCCGGCCAGCCACCUUUCAUAAACACUCAAAAACCCUUAAAAAAGCUGUUUUCAUAGCCCCAAGAAAGAGAAAGAAAGAAAAAAAAAAACCAGAACCUGAAGAAAAUGUCUCAACCUCUCACAAAACCAAACAACAGCUUAACAUCAAAACCAUCGCCGCUCUGUGCUUUUCUCUUCCUCAUAAUCCUCUGCAUUCUAGGUUUCUACGCUGUCCAUUACCCACCCAGAAAUCCCCAAAAUGACCUUCUCUUCCACCAAAUAUUCCUCUCUUCUGCCAACAACAACACCAUCUCUUCCUACCUCCGUUCCCUCACUUCCCACCCUCAUCUCGCCGGCACAAAACCUUCGCUUGAAACGACCCACUACGUUAAAACCCACUUUAAAAACCUUGGCUUGGAAACGCAUACGGUGCCGUUUAAGACCCUUUUGUCUUACCCUCUUCGUGCUUCAGUUUCAUUGCAUUUCGACAACGGCACCGUGUUAAACUUGCCGUUAAACGAAAUUGGUAUUUCUAGUUAUGCUCCUUCAGGCUUGGUACAACCUUACCAUGCAUAUUCUCCAUCAGGAACGACGCAGGGUGAUGUUGUUUUUGUGAACAAUGGAACUGAAGAUGACUAUCGUGCGCUGGAAGUGAUGGGGGUUAACGUUAGUGGCUGCAUAGUGAUAGUUAAAAAAGGUGGUAGUUUGAGCAGAGGGGCUGCUGUGGAAAUAGCUGAAAAAAAAGGUGCUUUGGGGGUGCUAAUGUAUGCUGAAGGGGAUGUUUCAAGGGGUAGUUUCCGGUUUGGAGUUGAAAGAGGGACAGUUAUGAAGGGAGUUGGGGACCCUUUAACUCCUGGAUGGGCUGGGGUUGAAGAUGGGGAGAGGUUGGAGUUGGAGGACAAUAAGGUUUUGGACAGGUUUCCUGGAAUUCCAUCUUUGCCCUUGACUUUUGAGAGUGCUCAGGUUAUUUUAGAGUCUCUUGGGGGUCCUGAGGCGCCUCAGAAAUGGAGGGAUUCCAGUCGAUCUAAGUUAUCCCGGGUUGGACCGGGUCAGGUUAUGGUCAAUUUUAUUUAUCAGGGGGAGAAAAAGUUGGCAACAAUUCAUAAUGUAUUUGCUGUCAUACGGGGGUCGGUAGAGCCAGAUCGCUAUGUGCUUCUGGGGAAUCAUAGAGAUGCAUGGACGUAUGGAGCCGUAGACCCCAAUAGUGGGACUGCAGCCCUUCUUGAUAUUGCUCGAAGGUAUGCCCUUUUGAUGCGAAAGGGUUGGAACCCUAGAAGGACAAUUAUUUUCUGCAGUUGGGAUGCUGAAGAGUUUGGAAUGAUCGGUUCCACAGAGUGGGUUGAGCAGAACCUUGUGAAUCUUGGUGCAAAAGCUGUGGCAUAUCUUAAUGUUGAUUGUGCAGUUCAAGGGCCUGGAUUCUUUGCUGGGGCAACUCCUCAGCUAGAUGAUCUUAUUUUUGAGGUCACAAAGAAGGUCAAGGAUCCUGAUUCAGAUGUUGCUACAAUAUAUGACAAGUGGACAACCAUGAAUAGAAUUAGCAAUAUUGACAGACUAAGUGGAGUGGAUUCUGAUUUUGCACCCUUCUUGCAUCAUGCCGGGGUUUCUUCUGUUGAUAUAUACUAUGGAAGGGAUUUUCCUGUAUAUCAUACUGCCUUUGAUUCCUUCAACUGGAUGAUAAACUUCGCAGAUCCAUUCUUUUGGCGUCAUGUGGCUGUGGCUGGAGUAUGGGGUCUUCUAGGCCUUCACCUUGCUGAUGAUCCCGUUCUACCUCUCAAUUAUCUCUCCUAUGCAAAACAAUUACAGGGGCAUAAAGAUGUCCUGAGCAGUUUUGUAGAUGGUAGCAUGUCCCUCACUCCCCUAGAUGCAUCAAUUCAAGAACUUGCAUCUGCAGCUAAACGCGCUAAUGAUGAAGCAAAGAGACUGAUGGAGCAAGGAUUUACCGAUGAUCUUUUAGUUUUGAAGGUGCGAGCAUUGAACGAUAGGCUGAUGCUUGCUGAAAGAGGCUUCUUAGAUACAGAUGGAAUUAAAGGAAGGGAGUGGUUCAAGCACCUUAUUUAUGGACCUCGCAGGAACCAUGAGAGCAAAUUGGAAUUCUUCCCUGGAAUAUCAGAUGCCAUAGCUGAAUCGACAAAAAUGAGCCAAAGGGAUGGGCAGGCAGCAAUUAGGCAUGAGAUUUGGAGAGUUGCUAGAGCCAUUCGAAGAGCUGCUGUUGCACUCAAAGGGGAACUCACCUGAAACUGAUCAACCGUGAAAAGACAGAAAAAGACAGUGAGGCAGAAACUUGUACAUAUAUGAGUUUUGAAAUUUCUUUCAUUUCCUGCUUCAAACGAACUUGGUAGCUUCCCAUCAGAGCUUUUGUAAAUUGUAGUGGGGAGCCAAUCGAAAUUGCUGUAGCUUAUGAGUAAUGCAAGUUUUUCAUUGUUCUUUUUUUGGUCCA